AUGAGAUAACAGGUUGCUUGUCUUUGUAUUAACUGGGGAAUCUGUCAAAAGGGAACGCAGGAGAGCAAAGCUGUGAUUAUCAAUCUGAUCUCAGUUACAUUUAAUGGAAAUGUGGCAUGGAUCUUAACUGAAGGUGGACUCUUCCAUAGCAAUCACAUGGGGAGGUGGGGAAGUUGACAGCAACAGUCAGUGUGAGGCUGUUUGAAAGGUUCUAUUCAUUUCUGCCACCCUGCCUCUGGGAGACAGAUGGAAGAUUCCCUAUAAUAAAGAAGAUCCCUGGCUGAAAAUGUGUUUGUCUCCACCUCUGUCAGCCUCGCUGGGGCUCCACCUUAGCCAAACAACUCACUGAGAAAUUCAGCACCGUGAGCUGUGGACAGCUCCCUCCAGCAACACAAAGGCAAAACCUACUGUACGGGAACCGAUUGGGAAGGAGUACCAAGGACAGCGCCUGUUAAACCCAGUUGGGGGCCACUUUCACAUCCCUUCUUCUUUGCCUCACUUUGAUUGCCUGCUUCAUCUACAAAAAGGAGGAAAGAAGUUAGAGCUAAGAACACAAGCUCCAAGAUGAACCCGGGGCGUAGAUCCGCCAUGGUGGCAUCCCAGCAAACGACCUUCCCUCCUGAAUUCCACCAAAAUGGCACCGAGAUGCCCUCCAAGCACAACGUCUUCUCUGAUAUGAAGAACAAGUUUAUGAAUGAGCUUAGCAAGCUGCCAAUUCCACCAUGGGCUUUGGCUACCAUCAUUAUUGUAGCUGGCCUUCUCCUGAUAUGCUGUUGUUUCUGUAUCUGUAAGAAAUGUUGUGGCAAAAAGAAGAAGGGCAAGAAAGGAAAAGACAAGGUGAAAGCCCAAAUUAACAUGAAGGAGGUGAAGGAACUAGGGAAGAGCUACAUUGACAAGGUCCAGCCAGAUGUUGAAGAUCUUGACCCAUCACUCUUGGAUGAUGUGAAAGAUGAGAAACCCCAAGAGCAGCUGGGCAAGCUCCAGUACUCUCUGGAUUAUGAUUUCCAGUCUGGGCAGCUGGUUGUGGGAAUCAUACAGGCAGCAGACUUACCAGCCUUGGACAUUGGUGGUACCUCCGACCCCUAUGUCAAAGUAUACUUACUCCCAGACAAGAAGAAGAAAUAUGAAACAAAAGUGCACCGCAAGACCCUAAACCCAACAUUCAAUGAGUCAUUCACUUUCAAGGUUCCUUAUGCAGAGCUUGGAGGGAAAACCUUAGUCAUGUCAGUGUAUGACUUUGAUCGGUUUUCGAAGCACGAUGCUAUUGGGGAGGUGCGUGUUCACAUGAACACAGUGGAUCUGGCGCAUGUCAUUGAGGAGUGGCAAGACUUACAGUCUGCUGAGAAAGAGGAGCAAGAGAAACUGGGAGAUGUCUGCUUCUCAUUGCGUUACGUGCCGACAGCGGGGAAACUCACAGUUAUUGUGCUGGAGGCUAAAAACCUCAAAAAGAUGGAUGUCGGGGGACUUUCUGACCCAUAUGUAAAGAUUCAUCUGAUGCAGAAUGGCAAGAGGCUAAAGAAAAAGAAGACCACAAUCAAGAAAAAUACCCUAAACCCUUACUACAAUGAAUCCUUCAGCUUUGAAGUACCGUUUGAACAGAUUCAGAAGGUGCAGGUGGUUCUCACAGUACUCGAUUAUGACAAGCUAGGCAAAAAUGAAGCAAUCGGCAAGAUCUUUGUGGGCUGUAAUGCUACAGGGACUGAGCUUCGCCACUGGUCUGAUAUGCUAGCUAACCCCAGAAGGCCUAUAGCCCAGUGGCACACUCUACAGCCAGAAGAAGAAGUGGAUGGUGCCGUCGGAAUGAAGACCUCAUGAUGUAUCUUCGAGUGUGUGAACGAGUGCGAAUGAAUGUGGGCACAUGGAGGUACUUGUGCAAACAAGUAUUGGGACCAGUGCUGCUGUGUGUAUAUACAUGUUCAAAGCUGUAGCUGUGAAAUAGCUUUGAGAAACCUCCUGUUUUGUGGUUAUUUGUAAAUGACUAAACUAUUUAUAUAAAACUUGGCCAAGAGGCAGUAUCCUUUU